AUGUCGGAAUAUCGACCUUCCAACAAAAUUGUUACAUUUACAGUUACAUUUCCUAUGGUAGAAGACAUGUGUUAUUUAAUUCCGGUAUCGGCUAUGCAAAAAAUUCCUAGAUGUCAAAGUCAAUUUUCAAGAACAAGUCUUGCCCAAAUGAACAAAACACGUCGUCCAACUCAAGAUAAAACAAAAACAACGAAAUCAAAUUCCGUAAUAGGGAAAACACGUAGUAAACGAUUGAUUGCAGAAAUCAUUUCUAUAGCAGUUGGUACAGCAUCACUUGCUUUGACAACAGCAAAUACCUUCCAGACUUUGAAUUUGAAAAGUGAAGUAAGCUCUCUCACCAAUUCCCUACAAUCAAGAGAUCGAAUUAUGAAUAACAAUCGGGCCCAAAUUCUCCAUUUAAAUGAAGGUCAGUUCAAAUUAGUACACGAAUUGAAUCAUACUGAAUUUGCCCUAAACCAAACAAUUCAACUUGUUAAUGAACAUUCAGAAAUACUACGCCGAACAGAUGACAAGAUGCGAACAAUUCACUCAAUGACACUUUUUCUAAAUGAAAGACUUGCUGCACUUAUCCACGCCGUGGAAGCACAUUUUAUACAUACAUCGAUUGAAAAUAUAAUGAAAAACAAUCUUAACCUAGAUUUUAUUCAUCAUAAAGAUCUACCUCGAGUAGUAGAACUUAUUGUUGAGGCAACGAAUAUUACGUUUGACGAUUCAACCAGUUCAAUACCUAUUAUUGCAUUAAUUUCCAAAUUACUCGUACAACAAAGGAUCGACUUUAUUCCAGUAAAAUCAAUGCAAAAAACAGAAAGUGGAAAUAUAAUUGGAAAACUAGUCUUUACUUCAUUUUUUGCAGCCUCUGAUAUAAAUCAACCAACCUUUUUAAUUUAUGAACUCGUGCCUAUUCCAUUUAAACAUGGACCAAAUCGAGUGAGAUUAGCGCAAAUGCCAGCAUUUAUUGGAAUCGAUCCACAGACAUUACAAUUUGUUCGUUGGUCAACAGAGGAAGCUAGAUCUUGUGAUUUUACACUUAUGUCAUCUUGUCGAGAAACACCAGCAAUCAGAAAAGACUUAGAAGAUAACUGUCUCUAUCAAAUUUUAACUGAUUCUCCGUUAUCAUCAUGCCGAGUAGAAGCAUUUUCUGAUUCAGUAUUUAUUCAUCGCAUUGGACAACAUUGGGCUGUAUCAACAAACUCAACUACCAAAUGUCAUUCAGUGAAAACUUCGAAUAUGGAGCAACAUAGAAUCACAGACACUGCAGAAAUCACUUUGCCACCAGUGGCUCUUAUUACAACCGUCGACACAAAUUCUUUAGUUUGUGAUCGCUUUUAUUUACCAGGCUUACCUAUCAAACUGGGAGCAACAGUUUCAUUAAUACAAAAUUCAACAGUAAAUCCCAUUGAAGAAGAUUUCAUUGACUUGCAUUCAAUGAUCGGCAAUAAUACUCAUUGGGCGAAAUUACCAUAUAUCCCAUCGAACAUACAAGCUGUAAUUGAUUUCAUAUCGAACACUCCAAAACCAGAAACAACAUUGGGAUAUAAAGAAUGGAUAAAUCAUCCUAUGUCCUUCACAGGAAUUAUAGUGGCAUGUAUUGGCAUCAUUCUCUUGAGUAGUCUAGUAUAUUAUUUUCGCUCAAAAAAAAACAAGAGUACCAAUUUCACAAUCACUAUGCCAUCUUGCGCUCUGGAUCUAGCGACAAUUCAAUCCAUCAAAUCCACUAAUGUCCAGUAUACGAUAGCAAAAUGAACAAGAACACUAUAUAAAAAAAAUACACGACAAACAAAAAUUUUUUGCAUAUAAAUGUGUCUAAUAUGGAUAGAAAAGACUAGAAAUCGAUGAAUAUAAUUAUAAAGAAAUA